AUGAAGAAGGGUGCAGCCCAAUACGAGGUGCCUAUGACCCGGUUCGGGGGUAUGCUGCAGCUGGAGGAUCUUCGGCGUCACGGAGAGUCGGAUGGGCACAUUCGGAGCUUGGAGAAGCUGGGACAGCCAGCUGCAUCGCCCGGGGGGAGCGAGGAGGACAAGGCAGUGCCGACACCAGCGCAAGUGCGCCUGGCGCUUGAAGUCCUGCGGAUGCCUAGCAGCGCGCAGGGUAGGUCCUACGAAGCUCGGUGCGAACUGGCGGGGCGAGCCGAUUGCAGGAACUUUCCUGCGGGUCGCUCCUGCGCGACCGAGCACGCGCGAAUCAUCAGGACAGUUGCAGAGGUGCUGUGGGACGAGGACCGCAGGCUGGCCGCGAAGUGCAAGUCCGCUGGCUGGGCCGAGGACGUCAGCAAAGAUUCCUUGUGUGUGAAGAUGAGACUUGUGGACCACAAGUACCAGGUUCAUCACCGCAUGUUGGCGCUCUCAAAGUGCCACGGCGUCAAGGCAGGCAUGUCAAUAGUAAUGUUGCUUGCGCAGAACACGUGCAAUACCGUGCCCUCGCUCGGAAAAGUGGAGCACAUGGGGAGAGUUUUGCAGAAGUUCAGCCCGGACAACCAUGAGUCCUUCGCAAAGCUCUUCCAGGACCGAAGUCCAGGGUCUCCUGCAGUUCUGUGGGCCAUGCGCGCACCUUUGCAGGUGUACACUGUGGAUGGCGAAAAAGCUGAGGGACUGGCUGGGCGCUUUGCUGCCGCCACAGGCUCAGAUGGAAGCGGUUCACCGCCAGCAGCGUGUACCAGCCUCGCAGCCAAGGCCAAGGGUGUGUUGCCUUCCUUGAAGCUGUCCACAAGAUGCCGGCUGCACUCGGCGCAGCGAAGCUUGGAAAACUCCCUGAAGAGCGACGGGAACAUCAAAAUCCUGCUAGAUGAGUUCGUUAUGCGUUUGUCGUCACAAAACAGCAAGGACCCGGGCGGUUUCUGCAGGGCCAUUGGCAACUCUCACAAGUUGUUAGCACAGUUCAGCGAGAAGGUGCAAUCCCAGCUUGAUUGUGUUCUGGGUCCGCAGAUGAGCGCUCAUUACGUACUGACGCCCAGCAACAUUCGGCUGCUUGCACUGACGACGGAGUGGCUCAGCUUGGUGUCUCCAUUCGUUCAUGAGUACGACAGGGGCGCCGCAAAGUCAGAGUCCGCGCCGACCUCUUCCACAGCUCGCAUAUCCAACUGCUCCAGGUUGUGCGAGAAUCUGAAGCAGGACGCUGUAGACUCACUUGUGCGGAUGCUGCGUUCCAAUGAAUUACUGCUUGGGUUCACACAGGAUCUCAAUCGCACCUUUGCCUUCAAGUCCUUGGACGGCUCCACCGCCCAACGGCCUCUGGUUCUCAAUAGCAAUUACACGUCCGGGUACCUUCAGAUAGCCGAGCAGCAGAUGAAAGCUUUGAGCAUCUUAGCCUACAAUGAUAAGAAAACUUCUUGCUGUGAGAACGCUUGGGCGUCUGCAAUUCGCAUGAUAAUAAGCUGCCCAAGGCAGCAGCUCGGACAUUGCCGUGUACCAGGAUGGUCGCCUAUUGUUUCACUCUGA